AUGAUAAAAAUGGCGGACAGAAAAUGAAGGAAAGAAAUCAACUAUGUUUUGAUAUAAGACUGUAACUACUUCAUUUAUUCUACAUGACUGUAGAUCCUGAUAUAAGCGAAAUGAUUCACCAGGAACCAGUCCAGGCUGCCAUCUGGGAUGCACUCAAUCAUUACGCUUAUCCUGAUGCUGCUUUCCUAGCAGAACGUUUGUUUGCAGAAGCACCAAACCAUGAUACUUUAUAUUUAUUGGCUACAUGUUAUUUCCGAGCUGGCAGACCUAUACAAGCUCAUCUUUUACUACAGAAACACGAUUCACCUAGUCAUGACUGCAAAUAUCUACUUGCUAAAUGUUGUAUAGAAAUCGACAAAUUAUGUGAAGCUGAAAGUGUUUUGGUUGGGGAUGUAUUUACCAAGUAUAAUAGUAGUUUAGAUGAAGUUGAGGUGGAGUAUGGUAAUAUGGCCUGUCAUGUAUUUUCAUUACUAGCAAGUGUAUAUAGUAACACUGAUAGAAUUGAAAAGGCUGUGGAAUGUUAUAAAAGAAGUUUACGUUUAAAUCCUUUAUUAUGGAAAUCAUUUGAAAGGCUUUGUCAGUUAGGUGAGAAAGUCGAUCCUUGUCAGAUAUUCCAGAAUACAUUACCUGUUGCAGACACGCCUCUUCCAUCUUUUAGUGUAGGUGUAGGUGAUACUAUAUCACCUAUAAGUACUACACAUUCACCAGGUCUAAAACUAUUAAAUGUACAGAGUCCAAUGCCCUCAAUAAAUGUGAUACCAGCUGACUCCAUAAACCUAACCCCAGACAAUCAGAAUGUUCCGAUAAUAUCCCAAAUACCAACAGCACCAAAAGUAACCCGAAUCAAAAAGAAUAAUCGUGAACCUCCUACAGGCUUUUCAAAGGCGAUGUCACGAAAAACUUUAUUCAACAUUCAAAGUCCAUUAUCACCAAGUUUUGGUGUGAUGCCAUUUGAUUCUUCAAGUCCCAGAAUACAUAAUAUGCCUUUUUUAACUCCAAGUCCUGUAGCUUUAUCAGAAACACAGCUGAAAGAUGUAGAAGCACCUUAUAAAAAACCUGUUACAAGGAGACAAAAUCAGAAUUUGGUUCCUAAACCUCCAGUUUUUAAUUUCUGUGGUAAUUCUAAAUCCCAAGACAUAGGCAAUCAACAAUCUGGCUUACCUAAUGUUCGGAGAAGUUCAAGAUUAUUUGGUAACUCAAGUUCUGUGAAGGAAAAUAACAAAAGUCAGGGAAACAAGACGAGAUUAACUAGUCCAAAGGCAAUAAAUCGCAAAUCUAAAUCACGAACAAUUAAAUCUCAACAAGAAUUAAAUGAAAUUAAUAAAGAAGAUUAUACUGCUGAUAAUAAAUCCUAUAUAAAUGAUGCUCCUUCACAAACACAGAUGAUUAUACACAUGCAACAUCAGUCAAUGGCUGGUGUAUUAACAUUAUUACAAGCUUUAGGAAAAGGUUAUCAAGCACUCAGUGACUAUAACAGUAAAAAAGCUAUAGACCUCUUCUCUAAAUUGCCUGAACAUCAAUAUAAUACUGGUUGGGUUUUAUCACAAAUAGCUAAAUCUUUUUAUUAUAUGGCUAAUUAUCAUAAGGCUAAGCGGUUAUUUCAAGAGGUGCGUCGUCUUGAACCAUAUUACUUAGAAAGUAUGGAUCUUUAUAGUACAACAUUAUGGCAUUUACAACUAGAAGUAGAAUUAUCAACAUUAGCUAAAGACCUCACAGAAUUAGAUAAAAGUUCACCACAGGCUUGGUGUGCUACUGGUAACUGUUUUAGUUUACAACAAGAACAUGAUUUGGCUAUCAAGUUUUUUCAAAGGGCUUUACAGGUUGAUCCCAAUUGUUCCUACGCCUAUACCUUAUUAGGUCAUGAGUAUGUAACAACGGAAGAGUUUGAUAAAGCUAUGGCAUGUUUCAGGAAUGCUGUUCGAGUUGACAUUCGGCUUUAUACAGCAUGGUAUGGCAUCGGACUUAUCUAUCAUAAACAGGAAAAAUAUAAUCUUGCUGAACUUCACUUUCGUAAAGCUUUAUCUAUUAAUCCAGAAAGUUCUGUAUUAAUGUGUCAUGUAGCUGUGGUUCAGCAUGCCCAGAAAAAGUCUGAACCAGCCUUAAAAACUUUAGAAAAAGCUAUCAGUAUAGAUCCUAAGAAUGCUCUGUGCAAAUUCCAUCGUGCUUCCAUACUAUUUGCUGUUGAUAAAGAUCAGGAAGCACUAAAAGAAUUAGAAGAACUUAAACAACUUGUUCCAAAGGAAUCUCUAGUUUAUUUCCUUAUAGGAAAAGUACAUAGAAAACUGGGAAACACCCAUUUGUCUCUGAUAAAUUUCUCUUGGGCAACUGAUUUGGAUCCUCAAGGUGCUAAUAACAGUAUUAAAGAGGCCAUUGAUAAACGUUAUUCAACGGAUGCCGAUGAUGAUGAUGUUAUCUUUGGUGGUGGUAAUGAGGGAUCCUUCGAUCCAGUUGGUAAUCUUGAUGAGUUAGGUGAGGGACCGUCUCAGAGUGAUGAUAAUGGCCCAGUGUUUGAUCAAGAUUUACAAGCUGUGGAAAGUGACGAAAGUUUGUGACAAUACUUUUUUAUAGUGUGAUCAUGAGAUGUGCCCUGGCAUAUUUCUAGUGUAUUUCUAUCUGUGAAUAAUUUUAUGUUAGAGAGAUUGAAGUGGAUAAUAUCUGUGGAUGAUAAAUAUCCCAAUGUCAAAAACAAAUAUAUAAGGAACAAAUGCAUACAGACAGUGAACUAUGUAGAGAGAGGAUUUUUUUAUAUUUUAGAUUCUCUAUCAAAUCCUAGAAACAUGCAUUUAAUUGUGUUUGAGUAACCAAUAAUAUAUUAAUUUUAGAGAGGAUGAGUAUAAAUGAGAAUUUUUUUAUUUAAAUCUGUGAAUCUUAAGAAAUGGCAUUGAUCUCUGUAUUCUGUUUCCACCAAACCUUUUGCCUAAAUUUUAAACUGACAUUAUGUAUGUAACUACCUAACAAAGAAAAAACUUGCAUAAAAAGUCACCAGGCAUUUGCUGAGAGAUCUAAUUGAAUAUCAAAUGGAAAUAAUUGAAUUAUCAUGUCAAUAUCAAUUUGGAAUAUGACUUGUGCAACAAACAGAUCUUCCUUGGUUCGUUUGUUUUUUUUGUGGGGCUCAACGUUUGCUUCCACUGAGUGUGAUAUCGCAGAAAAAUCUUCUUCUGUUGACUGCCAAUUAUUUAUGUGAAUUAUAACAGCAAGCAGAAAUAUCACAAAAGAUACAACUGGUUGUAGGAGAAAAAUAGACUAAACAAAUUUAAUGUGAUUCAUGGGGGAAAAAAAUAGAAUUGACUAUUUGUAGUGCUAUUUUCCUUCUAUUUAUUAAAUCAAGAUUACAGUUUCUUAUGUUAGAUGUGCAUGGCUGGCAAUAAGAUGUUUUGCAGCAAUAUCUUUCAAUAUUUAUUAUUUAAUUAUUUUAGAGACUUUUUGUUAUUGUUUUGUUAAAAAUAUUAAUAAUAAAGUUGUAUCUAGUAAUUGUACUAUCACAUCUUUCAAUUAGUUCUAUAUUUAGUUCUGAUUGUUGGCAAUAAAUAGUAUGUAUGAGGGUGGUUUCUUAUUGUGUAUAUAUUAUAUACAUAUGAUGUCAUGUAAGAUAUAGAAAUUGUAUACAUGUACAUGGUGACUGACAUGGCAGGAUGAGAAAAAUAACCUGUCAUGUCAAAUAAUAUAUUUAAUAAAUCAA